AUGCCAGCUUCUGCCCAGAACAUGUCGUUUGGGGCCGACAACUUUUAUCGUAGCCACAACGUCACCAUCCAGCCCAUUACGUUCCAGAAUCAAUUCAAGAUGAACAUCGCUGGCAAUCUCUUCACCCCUAAGAACCUCAACACCACCAUGGGAGCUCCGGCCAUUGUCAUCAGCCACCCAAUGGGUGCUGUGAAGGAACAGAGCGCGAACCUUUACGCCGCCAAGAUGGCCGAGCACGGCUUCGUCACCAUCGCAGUUGAUCUCUCCUUUUGGGGUGGCAGUGAUGGAGAGCCGCGCAACGCGGUGUCUCCAGACAUGUAUGCGGAAUCAUUCAGCGCUGCAGUCGACUACCUGAGUCUGCAGGAUUUCAUAGACAGUGGACGCAUUGGUGGCCUCGGUAUUUGCGCAAGUGGAUCCUAUGUGAUCAGCGCCGCCAAGAUCGAUUCACGCAUUAAGGCGGUUGCCACAUCUUCCAUGAUUGACAUGGGCGCUGCGAACCGCAACGGCCCAGGAAAUUCUCAGACCAUCGAUCAACGCAAGGAGAUCAUUGAUCAGAUGUCCCAGCAACGUUCUAUCGAAGCUGCAGGUGGAGAGGUGCAAUACACUAGUGGCACGGUGCACGAACUCACCCCUGACACGCCGGAUUUCCAGCGCGAAUUCUUCGACUUCUACCGCACGGUGCGUGGUGAGUACACGCCUCCGGGUUCGUGGCCUAACGUUACCACCCACCCGACACUCACCAGUGCUGCCAGGUUCAUGAACUUCUACCCACUCAACGACAUUGACUCCAUAUCUCCGCGCCCUCUACUUUUCGUCGCUGGUGAUCAGGCGUUCUCUCGUGAGUACAGCGAAGCUGCAUAUGCUGGUGCGGCCGAGCCAAAGGAGCUGUACUGGGUGGCUGGUGCUGGACACGUUGAUCUCUACGACCGCGUGAGUCUCAUUCCUUUCGACAAGUUGACUGAGUUCUUCACGGUGAGCCUGACAGUGAAUUUUACGCAAUCUAACUGAAAAGUCUGCCUUUAACGCCGAUGCAAGCGCAGUUGAGUGACAGAAAAAAGUGUCAAGUUAAUCUUCAAUCGAAAAGAGACUAACAAAAAAAUCGCGCUUCAAUAAAUAAUAGGUUUUGCAAAACU